GUUCGCACUCAGGUGUGUUCUUGACUACAAAUCCCAGCCACCUCCACGGUCGGUGGCUUUGCUAUCGCACUCCACCCCGUGCGCUCUUGGCCAGCUGGAAAGGAGGGCUCCGGAGGGAGGUUCCUCCUCAGCCGAGGAAGCGGCGGCGGCAGGUGGCUGCAGCCGCCCGCGGAGCGGUCACCAUCGCUCUCCGCGGCUCCACGCCCGUUGUCCGCCUCACCCAUCUGGCCGCAGCGGGCAUGGCUGAAUCCGCGUUGAGCCAAGCUGCCGUGCUGGGCUUUCUUCAGGAACACGGCGGCAAGGUGCGCAAUUCGCUGCUGCUCAGCCGCUUCAAACCGCUGUUGGACGUGCCUGCGGCGAAGCCGGAGGAACGAGCUGCUCUCCGCCAGCGCUUCAUCCAGUUGGUCAACAGCGUGGCCGUCGUGCAGGACUUGGAGGGGGUCAAGCUGGUAGUGCUGAAAAAAAAACACCAGCUGGCCCUGGACUCCUCCGAUGCGGAACGGAGACCGAUAGACUCCGGGGACCUGUCUGGCGAGGACGAGGAAGUAGAAGGCGCAGGUUCUUGGGCACUUGCUUGCCCUGCCGGCUUCAUGGCGUCUCCUAACCCGCCUGGAGAGGGUGGCCCUGAAGUGUGUGGGACGAUCCCUGUGUUCCAGUUGAAGAACCUCUUUCAGAAGGGGGGCUUGGAGAUGCCCAAAGUGCCCAGUGGCAAAGACCAUUUGGCCCCCAAGGGUGCCCCCGAGAAGCCCUGCAUGCUGCCGGUCCGCCUCAUGCCUCCUUCCAGCAGCGUUAGGAGCACUGAGGAGCUGAGCCCUGAGCAAGACCAGACCAGAGUCAGAGAUGGUCUUCAAGUGGAUGCCUCUGCCAUACUUCUGUCUGCCUCCCCUCGCGCCAAGAGGCGGCAGCUAAGUGAAAUGGGGUCGAAAUCCCCUUCCCUGAGAAGGGGGGCCAAACCACUAAAGGUGGGUGAGGAAGCUGACAGCACAGCCAGUGUGCCACUGGAACCUGCAGAGCACCAGUGGGUCGUGAAAGCCACAGCUGGCCAGUGGUCUCAGCAGCUUCACGGCUUGUUGCUCAUUGACUUGAAUCUGGCAAGCAAAAGAGAUUUCAUGAGUGGCUUCACAGUUCUCCACUGGGCAGCUAAAAGUGGAAAUUGCAGAACGCUGAAGAAAGUUAUAGAAAUGACUGAGAAAGGAGGUAUUCACAUUGAUGUGGAUGCCAAGUCGUACGGAGGUUAUACCCCACUCCAUAUUGCUGCUAUCCAUGGGCAAGAAGAAGUUAUUGCCGAGUUGGUCAAAGUUUACAAUGCCAAGGUUGGUUUAAGAGACUAUAGUGGGAAGAAACCAUUCCAGUAUUUAAAAGAAGGCUCUUCUUUUGCAGUCAGGCAUCUCUUAAAUGAUCCUGGUCUUCGCACCAACACUGGACAAAACCCUUCCAUCAAGAAGAACAUAAAAGUGGCUGCUUCUAUCUUGACUUCUACCAGCACUGUCCUGGGACUUUUGUCUGAUGAUACUGCCUUCUAUGAGCUGACAAAAGGCUUAAAGAAACCUGCCCCUCUCAAUAAGUUCCUUAACAUAGCCACAACCCCUAGGAGGAAGUUGAAGUCCCGUAGAACUUUAUCUUCUUCUUCUUCCUUGUCAGAGGCCCUGGAGGAAGAACAGGAUGAAACCACAUCAAAACACAGACCAGUUUCAGAAUUGUUUUUUGGUCACUUGUCUCACUGAAAUCAAGUAAUAUCAGUGUUUAACUAAACGUGUUGAUCACAGAUCCGCAAAAAUAUUUUGCCUUGUAUUUUUGAAUGUGUUUCACUUCAGGCCUAAUCCAAGGAGGAAAAAGAAAAGAUUAUUAAUAGGAUUAUGUUUUAACUUGAUAUUGAUGCUUUCCAGCGUUUGAAAAGGCAGAUUUUUUCAAUUACAAAAUCUACCUUUACUAAAUGUGAACAUUUUGAAGUUUCAUCUCAAUUUUAUCUGAUUUGGGGUUUUUUUUUUCUGAAUAAAAUGUAAGGUUUGAUUUAGGCUGUAUUCACUUAACUGGAUACAGAUUUCUAUGAAAAUCAGCUGAGUAAGGCAACGAUCCUGGAUACUUGAGAAUAAAUCCUGCUGAAAUCAGUGGACAGACUUCUGAGUAAGCACUGAUAGAAUUGAAAAAUGCCAUUAUAUAUAGGAUAGUUUAUCUUGAAACAAAAACACUGUAUUUUAUUCAUGCAUGCCAUUCGCAAAAGUCUCUUAAAUGUCCUGCAAUGGGAACAAAAACUAUUUCUAGUAUUUCAUGGCAUCCUAUCCUGUUCCAUUAAAGUGGAUUUAACAAAUUCAUUUAAAGCAGCACCCCUUCCCUAAUGAUGUGCCGUUUCUAGGGUUGGAAGUGUUUAAUCUUCUCUGCAAUAAUUGCACAAGAUCCCAUUUUGUACCAGUCUAAUUUUCAGCUGAUCUCUGAUUUCUGUAGCUGAAAAGAAAGCAACUGUAGUAAAACUAUAUUACAGUUUACAGUCUAAAACUCCAGACUGGUUCUUUUCCAUUAACCUUUUUAAAUAAAUUGGAAAAAGGAACACACAUGGCUUUUAAUAGCCAACUAAAGGUUAAUUUAUUUUUAAAAUUAAAAGCCCUCUAUCAAAUAUACGCUUAUAUAUUUACUAUGUGUAGAACUCAGAAUAUAUAGUGAAAUUAUAAAUCUAGCUCAUGCCAACUUUAAAACAAAAGAGGGGAAGCCUAAUACCUCUACUUCACUGUACUAUUUAUAUGACUAAUUAAAUCUUUUUAUUUAGAAAAUGUGUACACUCCUAAUUGCAAAGUUAUAAAUUCCCUGCACUUGAUAAUAUAGUGACAAUUAUAAUACUCUGUCCUUAAAAUAUUUAAAAGUAUAGUAAGAAAAAUUCUAUUUAGGAUAUUUAUUUUUAUACAAGAAGGAAUCAAAAUGUAACAGCUUAAGGAGUUAUUUUUAUAUUGUUAAUUCUAUAAACUUUUGAAGUAAAUCUGUAUACAGUUGCAGCCUUAAAAUGCAUCCAAUAUAAGACCUUAAAUUUUAUUGUGAAAUUUUCAUCAUGAAGUCCUCCUAGAUUUGAAAAUGCUUUUCAUAAACUGUUAUGAAAGCCUUGUAUAAAUAAGGUGGCUAUCAUCCUGCUUUACAAAUGAAUGUAUAGUUGUUUUGUGUACAUUGAUUUAAUACAAUUAACUAUUCUGUGGAAUUAAAUAAAGACUCUGAACCUGAUGUGAAUUUACAGGGAAGAACAUCCUAAAAUGUGUACAGAAUUGAAGCCCAAGAUUUUGUGCACACAAAACAUUAAAAUUAUUUUUGUGCCUCUCUGGUGCUGUUUGUACAAUGUAUAAGUGCUGUUGUUAUCAUGGUAAAAUUAGUUUUAUGCUAUAUUUCUAAGCCAAAGCCAACUUAAAUCUGAAAAGAUUAGCAUGAAGUGCAAACAUAACAUGGCAAGUGGUACAGUCUUCAGAUAAGAAAACCAUCCAUUUUAGCAACUGUAGUUAAUAAUUCAGCUACAUACAGAAAUAUAAUAAUUAUCCCUGUUGGUACUAUCAUCUCGUGUAGGAAAGUGCUUUCUUAACUGAAUCUGGGACUGUCACUCAACUUCCAAAAUGCAUUCACAGAAGUAUGACAUAUAUUCCAUGAAGAUGUUUAAAUACUUUGGAAAAUAAAAGUAUAUAAGUAAAAACUAAAACAUAAGUCUAUAGGACCAUGCUUAAAAGCCAAAUGAUUAUUUAACUCUACAUUACUAAUGCUGAAUAGCACAAUAUAAGCCAAUAUAUAUUUGUAAACUUGUAAAUUUGACAGAUUUAGCAAAUGAAUCUUGAAUGGAGUGCAAGGAUGCCAGUAAGAUCCACAUAGUUUAGAUGGGAAUCCAGCAAGAUCAACAACUUUAAAGAAACCACUCUCUCUUUAAUGCAGUUUGCUUUAAGGGCUGUCUUUAGCACUAUAGAUGGUAUUUUUAAAAAUCCAUUAUUCUGUUACAAUAGAAUGGACAAACAGGCUAGCAUAUCUGUUUACAAUAGUUUGGUUGUUUAAUCCACAUUACAAGUUUCAAAUUUCAACUGUAGCAUUUCACUGGACUACUCUGAAAUUCUUUUCAGGGUCAGUGGCUUUCGGAAUGUUUUGUUACCAACCCUGUAUUAAUAAAGUCAGUGCUUCUUAUUUCUGGAUAUGUGUGUUCAUGCAUGCAUAGCAUAAUCUUUAA